AUGUCAACGCUAAUGGACAAGCAAAAUCAACAAAAUGAAGGUACAUACGAUGAGGUGGAUCGUUAUAUAGCUUUAAAACUUGGCGAAGACGAACAAUAUUCAAAUCCAUUAGAUUUUUGGAAAAAAAAGGAUAAUCAAUUAGCUUUUCCAAGCUUGUUUCAACUGGCCAAGAGAUACUUUGCAAUUCCUUGUAGCUCGUCUGCGGUCGAGAGACAAUUUAGUGCUGCAGAAAAUGGUUUAUUAGCUCAAUUUAAUAAUGAUAAAAAACUUUGGCAACUAUUAUUUGCACCUGAACGAACAGGUCCACAUGAAUUAAUUGUUUAUGCUAAGCGAACUAAGGAUGGGGAAUCUUCUAAGUCAGACGCUAAGUUUAAUCUUGAUGUUACUAAACUUCGUCGACCAAUGAAAUUUCAUAUGAUUUAUACUCAAUUUCGAACUAAAAAAUGUCAAAUUUAUACACCUAUGGAUGGUAUAUUAAAGAAAGGUUCUGUUGUUCCUAUUCAUUGUGUAAUUUCUGGCGCAAAAGAUGUUAAUUUGACAAUUGAUUCAAAUUGGAUCAAGAAUGAAGGUUACAGAGAUCCUGUUUUAUAA